AUGGGACUGCAGGAGGAAUUUGAGGAGUAUGCUGAGAAGGCAAAGACCUUGCCUGAGAACACAAGCAAUGAGAACAAGCUGAUCCUCUACGGACUCUACAAGCAAGCCACUGUUGGAAAUGUGAAUACCGAUCGUCCUGGCAUAUUCUACCAGAAGGACAGGGCCAAGUGGGAUGCCUGGAAGGCUGUUGAAGGCAAAUCGAAAGAAGAGGCAAUGAGUGACUACAUCACCAAGGUGAAGCAGCUCCAGGAGGAGGCUGCCACUUCUUAA